AGGUCGUGCAAAACGACGACGGUUGAGGUCCACGCCGACGACCCCACACAAGAUUAUCCCAAUCCCAUCCCCUCAGUUCGUUCACAUUCCUACACCUCUCUGACCGUCGUUUCUCCCCACGAAUAACCGGGUCCUACCUUAUCACCACCGACAGUCACCAAUACGAAUCUGAACGCCCUGUGAUUGUAGCCCACCCCGGAUACCAAAGCCACCAUUCACAGCAAAAACCAGCCAUAAUAAUAAUAAUAAUAAUAAUAAUUAAUAACUAAUAAUAAAUAAACUCUUAAUCUAAAUCUUCUUCUUCUUCUUUAUUAUUCGUCAUCUCCAAUUUGGCGCAGUCUUCACUCACUUUCCCACUAUGAAACUCCCCUGAGAGUUCAGAAAUAUCAAAAUAUCAAAACCCUAAUCCACAACCUCUGCACGUGGAAGCUUCGAGAAUGGUUUCGUUAGAGGAUUCUCGUUCCAAUUCGAACCGUUUCCCCUUAUCGCGAAGCUAUCAGUAUUUUUCAUCCAAAACGCAGCGACAUACCGGAAGGUCCAUGCGCACAAUACGCUCCAAUUUCUUCCAAGACGACAAUAGCAGCUGCUCCUUCACCGUCACCGAGAAAUCCAUGUGUCUAUCGGAAAACCUCACCGACUCCGUCGUCGACCUCCGUCUCGGCGAGCUCGCAUCCAAGAACAACAAAUCAGUCAAGCACACCGCCGCGGAGGAGAACCUCCUCGAUCUUUCCCAGGCCUUCAGUGAUUUCUCCGCCUGCAGCAGCGACAUCUCCGGCGAGCUGCAGAGGCUGGCGUGCUUGCCGUCUCCGGAAUAUGUGCAGAAGAGCCACACCGGCGACGAAGUCGAGAAGGAACCGGAACCGGAGCCUUGCAUGGGGUUCCUGCAGAGGGAAAAUUUCUCCACGGAGAUUAUUGAGAUUAUUUCGCCGGAGGAUCUUCAGCCGACGGUGAAGCUUUGCAUCGACGGGCUCCAGUCGCCGUCGGUCGCCGUUAAGCGAUCUGCGGCGGCGAAGCUGAGGCUGUUGGCGAAGAACCGCGCCGAUAACCGAGUUCUGAUAGGUGAGUCCGGUGCUGUUCCUGUUUUGGUUCCUCUGCUUCGGUGCAGUGAUCCGUGGACGCAGGAACACGCCGUGACGGCGCUGUUGAAUCUCUCUCUGCAUGAAGACAACAAGAUGCUGAUAACCAAUGCUGGAGCGGUGAAGUCGCUGAUUUAUGUGCUGAAGACUGGGACGGAGACUUCGAAGCAGAACGCGGCGUGCGCGUUGUUGAGCCUUGCGUUGGUGGAAGAAAACAGGAGCUCGAUCGGUGCUUCUGGGGCGAUACCCCCUCUGGUUUCGCUUCUGUUGAACGGUUCCAACAGAGGGAAGAAGGACGCUCUGACGACUCUGUAUAAGCUGUGUUCCGUGAAGCAGAACAAGGAGAGGGCGGUGAGCGCAGGGGCGGUGAAGCCUCUGGUGGAGCAGGUGGCGGAGCAAGGGACGGGUAUGGCGGAGAAGGCAAUGGUGGUGUUGAACAGCUUGGCGGCGAUUCAGGAAGGGAAGGAUGCGAUAGUUGAAGAAGGUGGAAUAGCUGCUCUCGUGGAAGCGAUUGAAGAUGGUUCGGUGAAGGGAAAGGAGUUUGCUGUUUUGACGCUUCUCCAGCUCUGUGCUGACAGUGUGAGGAACAGAGGAUUUCUUGUGAGGGAGGGUGGGAUACCUCCUCUGGUUGCUCUUUCCCAGACUGGUAGUGUUCGAGCUAAGCACAAGGCUGAAACGCUACUUCGAUAUUUGAGAGAAUCAAGACAAGAAGCAUCAUCUUCAAGUUCUUAGAGAAGUAAUUACGUUACUACGUAGGAAGGUAAUUAUACAAUGUAAUUGGUUAUUGUAUAUAUAAUGUUUUUUCUGAUUUGUAUAGUUGGAAGGAUGUUUAUUGAAGUUAGAAGCUACCGAGCUAUAGACUGACCCUUAGAUGGAUCGAUAUAGCUAGGUUUGGGAUUUUGCUUUCCCUUUUUUCAAUUGGUUAUGGUUACUAGUUACAUGGUUGUCUUUGAGUUUUGGGUUUGAUUAGGUUUUUAAAUUUCUUUUCUUUAGAUGACCCUAGUUUUGUGAAAAGGGUUUCUGAUUGUAUCUUUGUUAAUUUUCCCGCUCGUAGCUAAAGUACGGAGCUUGUACUACACUACUAGUUGUAAUAUGUUUGUGUCCAUAAUUUCUUUUUGGUCAAAAUGUAGCUUGAGUUUCGUAUAUUUGAUACCGCUGAUUAAAUCGACUCCC